UAAGUAAACAAAAAAAAAACCUACAACGAUGAUGAAUGCUCAAACGCGACAACGACCGCACUAAUUUCGGGAUGUUGCACACUUACCCUCACAUGGAAAGUGACGGCGUGCUUGUUCGCGGUCAAGGAAUGGAUAAGAGAGGAUGGGGCGAAGAUCGUUCCCUGGCCCAGUCAAAUCUCUCUGCUGUGCUCAAUAGAUGGGUUAGAGGAUGGUUGUAGCGGGUUAGUCUACAUGUCCCUUCUCGUGUUAGUCGGACGGUGCUAGUGAAAGUAGAACUCGCAACACUUUAAUCUAUGGACGGAGUCACUAAAUCAACUGGACAGGAUUAUAAUGACCAUUUUGUCGAUUGGACCUUUCGUGAGAGCCCCCGGCAAAACUCCUCCAGCCACUUAAGUCCUUCCGUCGGCAAAAUCAAUACGGGGCUUAAGUGUUUGUCUAAAACUACUUCAGCACGAAAACACCGGACGAGCCCGCAAAAAGCGCAUGAAGUCUACGAGAAUCUCGAUGAAAAACGGUCCGCCGCCAAUAUCAUGGAACGAAAACGUAUGGAACGCUUAAACGUGGCGCUAGAUCGACUACGAAACCGAAUUCCAGCUGCCGGCGAGAACAGCAAACGUUGCUCAAAAAUUAAGACGUUAAAAUUGGCCAUUGAAUACAUACACGAUUUACAGAAGUUAUUAACGAUGGAAGAGACAGGAUCAUGGAAUCGACGCCAUUUUGCUUCUAGCCACCAGCAUCACGGCGAAAUGUAUCGUGGCACAGAUAGCAUCCAGCCAUUACUCUAUAACGUACCUACGACCUACACUUCAUCAUAGGAUUAAUCCAUUUCAUAUCCGACGAGAUACGUUGAUUUAAAGAAUAUCACCAAUCUAGCUAUCGUGGUCUGUUUCCUGAAUAACUAACGCGAUCUUUUGGUACGCGCUCGUGCUCAGGUUGUAUGCCGUUCGGAUUAUAUUACUGGACUGUUUCGUUCAUUAAGUCCCAAUUUUGUGUUUCAGUUAAUCUUAUCCAUUUGAUGUACAUGUCAUAAAAGGUGUGAACUUUUGAGGGACGGAAUUGUUUUCAUGAUAACUUCCAUAUAUUUAAAGACAUGGCCGCUAGAUUUUGGUUGUCAUAUACAAUAACCAAAAAACGAUUUCUACCGCACCUUCUGUUUUGGACCAUCUGUUGGAAGUAAUUUCAUCCCUAAUCGUUUUUUCUGUUAACAAUUCGUUAUCCAUGACUUUGUUGUGCGUAAAUACAUCAUAUAUUACGUAAAAAUGAUCAUGGCCUGAUUGAGCAAACACAAAUUGUUGAGAACAGAAAUUAAUCUCGAAGUUAUUUGUUUUAAUUACAUAAUUUUCACUAUGCGAUUUUAUAACUAGCGCGACUCACUUUAUUUUAUCUAAAAUUUAAUUAAUUUCUUCGCUCUCUCGAUGUUUAUUCAUUGAACAAUUAGUUCUACAACAUUUGCGUCUUUCUUACGCAAUUACACACAUAUUCUUAUCGUACCAAAACAGAAACAAAGAUCAAUACUUGUUUACCUUCCAGGUAGAUUUCUGUCGAAUUACCCUUAGCAGCUCUAGCUAAUUCCGUCGAAAUUGCACAGCACAAGGUCAGAUGUCGUUUGCAAAAUAGCUAACCAGAACAUCAGGUGACCACUGACCUUUAUGCAGUCAUUUAGCGAUCUGCCGCUGCAUGUGACGUCCAUGAGGCGUACGCCGAAACGCACUUUCUCUCGGACCUCUCAAAGCUGAAUAGUUUCGCCAGGCAUUCCAUGAGCAUCGGUGUCUCUUCGAGCGAUUACCAUGAUAGAAUCCGACACCCGCUAGAGUGAAUCUGUUUACUGACUCCAGGCGUGUUUCUUCCCCAGAACCUCUCCUAGCCCCUCGAUGUAGCCUUCUAUUGCACCUUGUGAUGGCACCCAUCUUUUUACAAUGCCCCCUCAUCGGUGUAUGUUUACCCCCUUCGUCCACCAGACAAUUGGCUUAGGGGUACUUUUUAUAUCAUGUCUUUCCUCCGCACCGCACCGCUCAGUUCGGUUGAUCUAGCGAGUACGCGAAAAUUUGUCCACUUCGUUCAACAGGGGUUUCAGCAUGUAUGGUUCACUGGAAGGGUGGCUGGAUCGUCCGCCAAAGCGUCGACUCCAGUGCGCCUCAACGAGCUGCUGGAAUGCCGCCUCUCGGGUCGACUUCAAAAAUUCAAGUCGAUUUACCGAUUAAACGCUUUUUAGACGCCGUUUAUCGCUAGCUGAUAUCUAUGAAGCGAGAUGCACUCUAGAGGUAUUUGCAGAUGGCGUUCCAUGACGAUCGUCGGUAACGGUAGAUGUUCUCUCGGGAUCGGGUAGUGAUUAUUCGAGUAGGUCGCUCCUUUUCCGCGUUUUUUCGGUAGUCAACAAACAUCCCCUCUUUCGUCUAUUAUAUGUGGACUAUGGGGGUUAUAGGUGUGGGUAUGUGGGAUCAAGACUAAGCGGCGACCAAUGAUGAGGUCCGGAGUUUUUGUGACAUCUGAAGCGUAAACAAAAUAAGCGUCGACUUCGGAAGAAAAAACACUUCUAACUAUAUAUGAGCCCGUUUUCACGUACGAAUCGUUUUGCAGAAAUUAAUCAAAUCAGUCUGUCGUGUGUUUGUUGAAUCUUUGCCAAGAGCAGGACGGGUACUAUAUUCAAUAUUAAUAUAACAAAGAUGCGGAAUAUAUAAUGAAACUUGAACCGAACUUUCAUCCUAAUCAGUAACUUCAGCAGAAACGUUGCGACAUAGAUAUCGCUUUAGCUUGUUUCGAAUUGAACUGUUUCAGGGGUAAUUGAAUUUUGGUAAUAGCGAACGUUAUCGUAUAGCGAACAUACCACAGAACGAUAAUAUUGUCAUUACUCCGUGAAGUGCUGCUCUAUCGAUUCCAAGUCUACAUUUUUCUAUAAGCAAAUGUAAUAGAAGAUAAUAACUGAAAGUAUGUUUGUGCGGUAUAUACGUUAAAAGAGCGCAUAUUUUAAGUGGCAGAAAAUAUAUAUAAAACCAGAGCAAUGAAAAAUUUUUAUUUGGAACAUAAAAUAGAGAGAAAUAGCAACAUAUAAUCGUUUUCUAUUGUAUUCUGAUACUGGUAAA